AUGAGACCCCGUAAAGUUGUUGAUCCUGCAAAUCUGGACUGGCAGGAACAAUAUGAAGACUUAGCUGCACAGCAGCUAGAUCUGCGUUUAAUUCUCGAUCAGAAAACAGAUGAAUUGCGAGCUGAUUUGGAUCAUCGACAUGCUAAAUUGCUACAGGUGGUUGAAGCACUCAAAAAUUCAAUUGAUGGAAUGCAGCUGCAUCAGCAGUCACGAGACAAUAGCUUCACUUCUAAGAACCGCGAUAAUGUGCAGUCAGGUCAGGGAAUUUUAGGACCUAAUCCGUAUCAUGUUCCUAACAAUCGUAGUCAUAAUUUGUUAUUCCCUAGAUUCAAUGGUGAAAAUUUGAAAAGCUGGCUGUAUAAAAUUGAUCAAUAUUUUGUUGUUGACAAUACUGCUGCAAAUCAAAAGGUACAUGUAGUAUCUAUGCAUUUAGAUGAUGAUGCUCUAGCCUGGCAUCAGUCCUAUUUGAAAUACAGAGAUUUGCCUACCCUUCCCCCAUGGAAUGAGUAUAUUGAGGCUUUGAUUGAAACAUUUAGUGAGGAAUAUACUGAUCCUAUGCUCGAACUGAAGCAGCUCAAACAGACUGGUUCAGUGAAGGAGUUUCAAUUUGCUUUUGCUAGGUUAUUAGUUCAGUGUGAUCUAACAGUUAGUCAAGCUAUAUCCUGUUUCCUAGGAAAAUUGAAGGGAGAGUUGGUGAACCCUGUCAAAAUGCAUGAGCCUCAGACUCUAUCCAAAACUUAUCGUUUAGCUAGAUUAGCUGAAGCAACCUUAGCAGCUAAUGCUAGAGCCUUAAGGAGUCACACUACUUCUGUAUCUACAACUCACCUCAAAAAGCCUUCCUAUGAGCCACUUACCAUCAAACAUAACCCUAGUUCUAAUCCCUCAACUCCUCGACUAGCUCUCCCUCCCUCAACCACUGUGAAUGUGGCCAGAAACAGGAGGACUAUUUCUCCUGCAGAAAUGCAGGCUAGAAGGGCACAGGGUCUUUGCUACUUUUGUGAUGAUAAGUACACUGUAGGUCACAAAUGCAACCUGCCUAAGCAGUUGUUUGUGAUGGAGUUAGAAAUUGUAGAAGAUGGGGGUGAUGAGGCUAGGACGCAACGAGCUGAGGAGAGUCCUUCUAAGGAAGAAUGGGCAGCUGGAGCAGGUGAUACCCCUAUGAUAUACUUAUGUGCUUUAAGUGGUUUACAAGGAGCUCAAACCAUUCAUGUUACUGGAUAUAGUGAGAAGAGGCCAAUUCAAAUUUUACUUGAUGCGGGUAGUACUCAUAACUUUAUUGAUGAGAGGGCUUCCAAGAGGUUCGGGUGUCAAAUAUGUCCUACUAAGGUGAGUUAUGUAAGCCUUGGCAACAACACUUUAGAAGCCACCUCUGGAGUGGUUAGGGGUUUUGAAUGGAUUCUGCAGGGUACAACAUUCUCUUCUGAACUUACUUGUAUUCCAGUUGGUAAAUAUGACCUGGUCUUGGGAGCUUUAUGGAUGAAAACACUUGGUCCCAUUACUAUGGAUUACUCAGAGCUUACUAUGGCCUUCAAUUAUCAAGGGAAGUCUAAUUUACUGAGGGGAGUGUCUGAGGAUUGUAAGGUCUCCAGCCCAAAGUCAUUGAAUUGGCUAAAGGGGAAUGAUAUACAGUUCUUCAUGCUGCAAGUGAGAGAUAGUAACCCAAGCUCACUUACCACUAUGCACUGUCAAGCCCUGCAUAUGACUACUGCUGAUAGUACUGCCAUUAUUGAUCAGCUGCUGCAUCAAUACCAUUUGGUCUUUGCUGAACCUACAUCCCUACCUCCACAAAGGGGAGCUUUUGAUCAUAGAAUACCUCUUCAACCUGGCUCAAAACCUGUAAAUGUUAGACCAUACAGGUACUCUUCUAUUAAAAAGGAUAUCAUUGAACAGUUGGUUAAUGAAAUGUUGCAACAAGGGGCCAUCUAG